UAGGUAACCAUAACGGAAAUCAUGAAUUUGUGUCGUCGUCAUCCAAGUUCAUUUCACCACAUCCACAUUCAUUUUAUUCAAAAGUUCCCGUCUUCCAUAGUUAAAAAUAUUUGUCGUAAAUAUAUGUCGUCUUUGAAGACGACUAUAAACCGCGACAAAUUUCUCAUUUCACUACCCGCUCAAAGUGGCUCAGACUUUUUACUUUCAGCCAGUUUCAGCCGACUUCUAAUAAUUCACACAAACUUCUUUUUUCUUCGUACAAUAUUUUUUGCACAUAUUUUGAUAAGAACGCAUAAAAUAAAAGUCGAGUAUAGGACUCCAAAUUCGACCAAGACAAAUGCUCAGAUGGAUUCGGGUUUGAAUUCACAGUCGCUAUCGUCGCCGUCGUCGUCUAAUUCUCCAAAUUCAGGCCGGGAAGUCGAGACGAUUGCAAAUUUCGCCAUGUCGACCGCCUUACUGAAUCCGAUCGCUCUGAACGCUAUUUUCGCCCAUCUCGGCCUCUCCGACUUGAAGACGGCCCGUCUCGUCUGCCGUGAAUGGAGCGAAAUUGGUGCCACCCUCUUAGGAAAACAGGGUCGUAUCGAAAGUAACUCACUUUUCUGCUACCACACCUCGGAUUUACACCUCAUCACCCCCGUUCACCCCAAACUGAUGGGGAACAUCAUCAUCUCGAGUAGAUUUGACGCCUCAAUCCAUUUUAAAAAGAGAGCUGCCGUCAUCUCCAAGGUUUUCACCAUCUUGUCCGAACAGAACACACGCGAAAUUACGUUUAUGUCGAGCGAGAAGAAAUUUAUCCCCGUCUUUCUAGAGGGGAUGAAGACGCUGAAAUCCACAAAAAUCCAGACGAUUAGAAUCUUCCUUCCUCAACCCAAUUUGGGCGAAUGUGUCGAUGAACGUCGAAUUCAAGCGUGUGGAAAACUCCCCGUUCAACUUAGUUUGACCUCGCUCGAGUUCCAAUCUUCUCCCGACCUUUGGCAUGAGACCGGCCGAAGUGAUGAAUUUCAACCAGCCCUUCAAAUUUUGAUCGAUUCUGCACCAAAUUUGACCUCUUUGAUCGUCGUGGCUCCAUUCUACCCGAAUUUGGAAGGGUGCACAAGUCUAAAAGUUCUGGAAUUUCAAUUCAAAAUUUGUGAUCAUACUGCAUGCGCUGAUUUGAACUUGGGCGCAGUGAUCAAUAUGCUGGCGCAGGUUAAGGAUUCUUUAACCGUAUUGAGGUUGUACACUGGAGGUGAACGUGUUUCCGUGUCUCAGGACAAGAAUCUUAGCGUUCCCGUGUUAUCAAAACUUACCUCAGUCUCCAUCAAUUUCGUAAAGGCGUACCUAAUGGAAGGGUUUUUUGACGAAGAACACCUCCCAAAAUUGAAACACCUCGAUUUCAGCCACUUUCGAUGCACUGCGACCGACCUGUCGAGCUAUUUAAAUCUAUGGAAGCGACACCGAGGAGUUGAAUCCCUAUGGUUGCCACUUGGUCGGAGUUGUAUGGAGAGCGGAUUCGAAUUUGGGCAAAAAAUUGGAAAAUUGUUCCCCACCGUUAAGAAGUUUGAUUUCAUGAUGGAAAUCCUGGACAAUGUGAACCCCGCGGACGUCGAAAAGAUGAUUGAACCCUUGCAAAAGUGGGAUCUUAAAGAGUCUCACGUUUUCGUGGAGUUUGUGGACACCAGCUUCUUAGGUCCAGUCCUUAAAAGUUUGUCAGCUUUGAAAGGCGUCAAAUCCGUCCGCUUCAUGCACAUAGAACACCAAGGCGUCUUUGCUCCCUGCGUUCCAGAUAUAAUUCUGCACAGUAAAGGAUUUAAGAGCGUGGAAAUAUGUGGGGUGCAGGACAUUGAAGCUAUGGAAGAAAUGCGACCCAUUUUGGAAGGCAGUGGUACACCCAUUGAUUUUACUCGGGGUUGGUGGUCCAACUAAUUAAUUAAGCAGG